AGUUUUCUUGGCAAGGUUUUUCAGGAGUGGUUUUGCCAUUGUCUCCUGAUUGCCUGUCUUGUAUUUCAGCAUGCCUUGCAGACCCAGCCCUUCUGUGUGCAUCCAUGGAGAAUAACUGAAUUUCCACUUUCCAUGGAUAAGGAAAAUGGAGGCAUUGCCUCCUCCUGUCUCAAGUACCAUAGUUAAACCACAGUGCUGGGGGCAGGGAACCAACUUUAAAUCCCUGCUUUACCAUAAAACUCACUGGAGGACUUAGGUCAAUAACCUUCCACUUUCUUUCCCAGGGGUAUAAGUGCUGCUUGGAACUGACUGAAGGAAAUACAAAUUUAUCAAAAGAGACAAUUUGCUGAGUUCAUCAGGAUGCACAGAACUACCAGGAUAAAAAUCACAGAGCUGAACCCUCACUUAAUGUGCGCCUUAUGCGGAGGCUACUUUAUAGAUGCCACAACUAUUGUGGAAUGCUUACAUUCAUUUUGUAAAACCUGCAUUGUCCGCUACCUGGAGACCAACAAAUACUGUCCAAUGUGUGAUGUUCAAGUUCAUAAAACAAGGCCUCUUCUCAGUAUCAGAUCAGAUAAAACUCUACAGGAUAUAGUGUAUAAGCUGGUACCAGGACUCUUCAAAGAUGAAAUGAAGAGGCGACGUGAUUUCUAUGCAGCUUAUCCUCUGGCAGAUGUUCCUAAUGGAUCCAAUGAAGACCGGGGAGAAGUUUCAGAACAGGAAAAAGGGAACCUAACUGAUGAUGAAAUUGUCAGCUUAUCCAUAGAAUUCUAUGAAGGAAUUAGAGAAGAAAAUAAAGGGACUGUUGAAAAUGGAAACAUGGAAAAAGAUAAGAAGAACAGCAUGAGAUUCCUCCGCUGUCCUGCUGCUAUGACUAUCAUGCACCUGGCCAAGUUCCUCCGGAACAAGAUGGAUGUUCCCAGCAAAUACAAAGUGGAAGUUCUCUAUGAAGAUGAACCUCUAAAGGAAUAUUACACACUCAUGGACAUAACCUAUAUCUAUCCUUGGCGAAGGAAUGGCCCUCUCCCAUUGAAGUAUCGUGUCCAACCAGCCUGCAAGAGGUUAAAACUCUCCUCUCAGCCUCCCAACUCAGAGUGCACCAACACCAGUGGGGCUUCAGAGUGUGAAUCUGUCAGUGACAAAGCUCAUAGCCCAGCCACCUUGCCAGCCACCACCUCCUCCUCAUUGCCGAGUCCUGCCACACCUUCCCAUGGCUCCCCAAGUUCCAACACCACCACUGUAAGCAUUCCAGCCAACUCCGUAUCUGGUGCCAUGCUCAAUGGCACCUCGAACUGCCACCAGAUGCAGCCCUUGGCCAGUAGGGGGCGCAAGACAAUGGUCAAUGGUAGCCCAGCCAUGUCAGCCUUGACUUAAAAGGAGCACUGUUUUUGUUCGAUCUGAGUUUUAUAAAUAAGUAUAUUAUGUGUAGAUAAGGGCAAUGGUGGUGGAUGGGGUGGGGAAAUUAUACAUACUUAUUUUCUAUCAACUGACCUGAUUUAAUUUAAGAAAAAUGCAAAAAGUAAAAAAAAAAAAUCCAAUGUGUCACUUUUUUAAUUUUUGAAAAGCAAAAAUGUGCUCAUGUAACUGCAUGGUGGCAUCUGUGUAAAAACUGCAGCCCUUUCUCGAUGAUGAUGAUUCUUUUUUAUUAUUAUUUGUGUCCUUGAUUUGUAGUGAGAUUUGAUGCACAGUCUUGGAGAGAAAAAAACGCACAGCCCCAAAUCAACCAGGCUUUCGUAGAAGCACAUAUGGCUUUCCUGGGUCCUUUUUGUCAAAUGACUGUAGCUCACUUCCUCCCCUGCCCCCCCACCCCAGUCCCUUUUAUACAACCCCAUUCCAUUUGUGCAGCUUUUAGUCCUAUAUUUGUACCUCUCUCUCCCUGAAGGACCUUGGGUCCAACCACUUGUCAAGCCAAGCUGCUGUUAAAGGGUCAGAAGGGAGGAGUAGACAUUUUUGUGCAUGGAAAGGGGUGACAAUGUGCUUAUUCUCCGUGAUGUGAAGGUUGCUAGCCACUGUAGAUACGCACAGUGCCAGAAGAAUAACAUGGCCCCUGGAGAAGAGGGUUAACAGCUACUAUAAGCAGCAGAGAAAGGAGUCAAGGCAGGAAACAGAGGCUCAUAAGGCCAGAGGUUAGUUGGGAUGUGGAUGAGGACGUGGAUCUGCCUUAAGUCUUGUUCCUGUAAUGAUAGUAAUUGUUAUUUUCCUGUAUGAGAGCCUAGAAAUAGAUUCUAAAACUGCCUCUUUGGUGGCGGCAGGUUCCCCACUAAUGAUUUAAAACAAUGUCUUCUAGAAUCACCCACUGAUCCUGUGCCGAAAUAACAGUAUUGAGGACAAGUUUUACAUCUCCACAGCAAUGGUGGGAUGAUGCUGGAAGACACAAUAAGUGGCAAGAGGGGAUCCUAUCAAUGUCUCAAAAGGCCUUGGGCUAGUAAUUAAUUAAUUCUUAUGUUCCACUUAUUUCUCUGUUCAGAAAAUGCAGAGCUGCAGCUGGAAGGUGAAUGACAGUGCCUUUCACUGGCAUAACGUCACCAGCCCUAUGGGUGGAGCAGUUUACACCAUUAACCACAGUAUGGUGGCCUUGGCGCCUUGUACUAAGCACUUAGUUGUUGGAAUAAUAUGUCUUGAAGCUUCCCCUUUUAUUUAUACAGCAUUUCCUUUCUUAUACAUGAUGUCUGUCUUCAGAGCACAUCUUUGCUCUGGUUUUAAAUAACUUCAGCCAUAUGUUUCCCUACCAAUGGAUGUGGGAAUAGUUUGCAUACUAACAAUUCUUUCUCAGAGAUUUCUUGGCUGUUUGCAGACAUAACAGUUCCCAAGACCUGGCCAGAAAUAGGCUGGGGACAACUAGAGAAAGGCAACCACCUGCAUGUGACCUUCCCAAGCACCCUUGGCUGACUUAUCAGAGGCAGAUGAUUCACCUAUACAAAUCUUUGACCGUUAUUAGAAAAGCAGCUUUAUAUUUCUUACAAUUCUUGCUCUGAUGCUUGAUAGUGGUUUAAAUCUGUAGUGUAGAUUUGUGCUUUUGAGAGUGAUUCUAACAAGAAGAACCACAGUCGUAAUUUCCACCAUCUUGAAUUCAUGGAAUUUAAACUGCGAUUCUCAGGCAUUCGAUUCAUAGUAUAGGGAUUUCCACCAGGGUUCUCAAAAUCCGUGGUGCUGUGACUGCCUAAAAUAAUAAAUUAAUUCAUGUGAUUUCCCCUGCCCCACAAUAAUAUUGAUGGCGGUGGAAGCAGCUGAAGAAGUAUGUCAUUUCUAUAAGCAGCUACCUAAAAUGGUAAGCUUAGUGCUGCACUCUCUUCUGGGCUUGAAGAGGGGCCCUGGGCCUGCAUGUCUCCUCAUCAGCCACACGCUGGGCAUGGUGUGGUUCCUUCCCUCCUGCUUUCCCUAGGAUUGGAGCUCUGCAGUCUCUGGAUUCCCAACCCUCCGACUUUUCCACCUUUCUGGCUACCCAAAAAUGUGUGACCCCCCCUUCUAAUUCACUUAUGAACCCCUUGGGGGUCACAGUUUCAGAACCCUUGAUUCAGCAAGCAGAUGUGUUUGGGAAAAGCCAGAGUCACCUUAUCCCAAGUCCUUGGAAUGAGAAAUAUUUUUGUAGCCUUUAUAAAACCCUAUUCUGCAUUUUUUAAAAAAAGACCUUGUUUGUUUAAUCUUCUUGUAAAUUUGGUUUAGAAAAAUAAAUACAGUGCCUUUGCAAAGGAAACUUUAUUAAUGUGCGGAGGUGGUGAGCAGGGGUUUGUGAUUUAAAUUGCUGGGGGUGGGGAGAUCUUUUCUUUUGCUAAUUUGUGCUUCAAGACUGCCAGAUGGAAAUGCACAACUUCCAAAGGGAAGAGUUUUUUUCCAUCACUUUCAAUCCUUUCCCCUUAGAGAAGAAAAUGGUAUCUAGAAUAACUCCUCCCAGUCCCCCCCCCCCCCCGCUUUCUGUAGGGUAGGAAGGGCUAACUAGACACAAGCACAUUUUGGAUUCCUGGAAAUCAAAUCCCAGGGAUUUUGUUUGUUUUUCCUCUGGCUGAUUCUCUGGAAGGCAGUCGUUCUCACAAGUGCAAUCCAUGCUUGGAAAUAAAUUUUCACAAUUGACUCAGAUGUCCGCAGUAACCAGCUGGACAUGGGGGCAAAGAGGUGCAAUGGGUAGGGGGAGAAAGUGUGUGUUAGCAACCUGCGGUGCUCUCCUGUCAGACCUUCCCUCACCCACCCUACACUUGUGAGCCAGAUCAACUGCCAGCACAAUAAGAGGAGUAUUAAGCCUGCUCCUGUUCUCCAGCUGCUGUCUAUUCUUGGGGUCUGGUGGACCUCACACAACGUGAUGUUUGAAGAAUAGUGUAUUCUUUCCCUUGCGUCUACCUUCUUAUGUGUGCUCACAGAAUGAGGAGAAAGAAUCACUGCCCUGAGAAGAUCCUCCCAAAUUCUCUCUUUUACGCCCGACCCUUCCAGAGGUAAGACCAUAGGAUUGCCUUGCUGGAUCAGGCCAAAGUCAAGCUGCCUCACCUAGCACUUUGACUGAGAUCCAAAGAGCUCCUUACACUAGAGGAAUGGGACUUUGGGCUAUUUUUGUUCUAAACAGCCAGCACCUCUAUUCCCGUCUUCCUAUUCACUAAUGACUUUGGAGUUUUCCCCUUGGAUUCAAAAGCACUUGGCCAUCCUGCAUGGAAGGCUUCUGUAGGAAAACCACGUGAAAACUAGUCCAUGCUUCUUUGGAGGGCUAACUCUGUCGUCUGCAGCAUCAGUAUCCGGAGAGAUGCUGCCUUUGAAUAGUUCGGCUACCAAAGCUACUCCACCCUUCCACAGACUACAUUUAGAGCAGCCGUUCCAGAAAACCCUGCCCUCCCAAAGGUAGACUGUUUCUCUGCUGAACGGCUGUAAAAUUUAAAAAGACUCUUUCCAAACCUGCUCCUCUUAAUUGUUCUCCUUGUUGCUUGUUCUGUCUUCCAAGUAAGGCUGAGCAGUAGCUGUUCCUGAAUUAAUCUCCCUGAUUUUUUUUAAAAACAAUCUUAUGUCUAAAGAAAGGGGGGGGGCUUGAAGUUUUGUGCUUUCAGCAUCAUUUGUGGUAGUGCCAUAAUGUCAAGGGUGUAAGUGUAUGCAGAGGGAAACCUGAUAAAACGCCAGGCAUAAGUACUCUGUUACUGUGGAAGUUGCAAUUCCCAUGUGGUAUUUAGGGAAGUGAUUUUAGUGCAGGACUGCCUGCACUAUUCUAAUAUGAUUCUGCUCGCCAGUCCAGUCCUUUUUUAAAAAAAGAAGAGAACCACAUUCUAUUACCCUAACACAACUUGCUGGCAAAUUGUGUUUGCAUCUCUUGCCUCUGAGUUGGUAAGCUGGAAAAGGCAGUGUCUCUCAUUGGGCUGGAUUUGGCCCUGGGGCCUCCAGUUGCUGUCCUAUACAUUCAUUAGUGUUUUGUCACACAGAGGUACUGAAGAUCUAGAAGGGUACCAAAGACCUAGAAGGGGUAAGAUGAUACUACAGCAGUUUUCCUGAACCCAGUGAAUUGGAUUAUAUCACCCACUGUCCCCAGCCAACAUUGUGCUCAUUCUAGUGAUCUUUUCUUCUUAUCCUGUUGGCUGAGACUGAGUUUGAUCCUGCCAAUGGCAUUAGGCCAUGCUAAAAAAUUGCUGGACUUGGAAAUUAGGAAAGUCUUUCUGUCUGUUCAUUAUCUUUGUAUAUACUGAAUAACCUGACCAAGGCAACUAAGGAGCCUAAUGUUUUUCUUCUCCUUUACCCCUCCCCCUUUUUUGUAUAUUUUUUUUUAAUAUGGUACAAACCAAAUUGCUCUGUAUGUUUGCAAACCUGUAUGAUGUUUUAAUGUGCUGUAAUAUAUUCUGAUAUUCAUAUAUUGUUAUUGGUUAAAACAUUUGUAUCAAUAAUGCAGUUUGUAAAUGGUAAUA